AUGGCUGAGAUGGUAAAGUCGGUCAUUGUUGGGGAAGCAGUUAGCCGGAUUAUUUCUGGUAUUGCCCCCACCAGCAAAGACGAGGACAAAGCAGAUGAAGAAGCGUCAGGAGGUGGUGGCCUAGAGAGGCUCGAGAUGGCGCGCAUCAAAAUGGAGGCCGCACUCCAAACGUGCAACAAAUGGCAUAUCACCGACACGUCGCUCCUCCGUUGGCAAAAGAAGCUCAAGCGCACUGCCCAGGACUGUGACGACGUAGCGCGCAGAUGCAGGCAACUUUCUCGGGAAGAAGAAGAGGAGGAGCAGGUUGUAAGGAAAUCCUCAUUUCCUAGACGGAUGGCUCAUGCGACCAAGGUGUUCAUCUCCUCUUUCGUUGGCCGCGACAAUGAUCAUCGCUCUGCGGGGAGUGCCACCGCCGCUAUUGUUCGAAGAUUCGAGAGGCUUGCGGACGGUGCUGAUGAAUUUAUCAGAUAUGUUCAGCUCGGCGGGACACCACGUCAGAACCUGUUCUUCAACCCUCCCAUUGGGCAUAUCUUCACAGGCAAAAUGAUUGUGUAUCAGUUGUUGCGUCCUGGAGGUCAGUACCAUUACUUCCGUAUACGGCCAAUCAAUUUCCAGGAGCGUGGGCUGGAGGCCUUUCUAUCCUUCAUGUACCAAGAUUCUAAGGUGCCCAAGAACAGUUUUUGUCUUGGGGUCACGCUGCGUCUGUCUGAGAGUACAGACAUAAUCGGAACCAUAGUCAAGUGCUUGCGAGUUAUGACGCCUCACUUCAACUCUACGACCGACCUUGUUAUCAAGGAGAUCACCCAUCUCCCUACGCAAGAUUUCUCCUAUGUUGCACACAAGAAUCACUGGGUCCACGUCCACAGAACUUUGUCUGAAUGGUUCCGUCCAGAUCCAUUAUGUUGUCAAGGAUUCGAGCAUGACGUUGUGCCUUCUUGCCAUAGUGGCAGCGACAUCAGUAAUGGAAGCGGAAAUAAAUUGAAGUUUUCGAGCAUAUUUCCUGAACCAGUCUGCCAAGUGUUUUUCCAGUGUCACACCUCGCUAUCCGAUUACAAAAACCUGCCAGGAUCAACUGUAUUUGUUGGUCAUGACGACAAUUCAUCUUUGGAGAAUUCCCAACCAUUGAAGCUUGGAAUACUACUCAUGCCUCAUGCUUCUUUGGAGGACCCUAAGUCUGUUGGUUCCACAAUAGAAGUGAUCGAUACAGAGAAUCGACACCACCUCACACAUGUAAAUGUUCAUCUGGACCAACUCGACGAGAUGAUGAUGCCUAAGGCGAUAGACUAUCUUCAUCUUAAUGCCGAGGCUAUGUCGUACCAGGUAUGCUGGAGGUCUAACCAUGGAAGUGCUCACCUAUGCGUGGAGAAGACAAGUGCGGAAAUAAAGCUCGGAGCAUGCAGAGCCACAAGACAAGCAGGAGGAGGAGGAUCUUAG